CACGGAUGGCAACGACGCUGCAAGUCCGCGACACGGGGCUCCACGCCGACUGCAUCGAGAGCUGUCCGGUCGAAGGCCAUGAGAACAUCAUGGCCGUGGGAACGUAUCAACUGACUAAACACGAUGACGCAGCGGACACGCGAAGCGGCACCGUUGCGCUGCAUUCGUUGUCGACAUCCACCGACAGCGAUGGAGCAGUCGCCAUGGUCAACAAGUCGUUGGUCGAGAUGCAGAGCGGGGUGUUUGACAUGAAAUGGUCAUUUCCACGCGUAAACAACAAGGCGCUUCUGGGACUUGCGACGGCGGCUGGAACGCUGGAUAUCAUGGAGCUCCACGAGGAGUCCCAGGAGCUGGCCCGUUUGGCGUCGACCGACCCGACCGACACGAUGUUCUUAUCUUUGGACUGGAACAAUCGUGUAAUAUCGGCCACAAGUCCCCAGGUGGCUGUGAGCCAGUCAAACGGGCGAGUGUCGGUAUGGCAGUACGGCGAAGGUGCUCUCGACCUUGUCGAGGACUGGCGCGCGCACGACUUGUUUGGAAGUGAAAUUGAGGUUUGGAUCACCGCGUGGAACUCCCACGACCUGAACGUGUUGUACACUGGCGGCGACGAUGCCGCGUUCAAGGGGUGGGACAUGCGGUCCGUCGCCCGCCCGACGUUUGGACUUCGAAACGUGCACACGAUGGGCGUGUGCAGCAUGCAAACGCAUCCGCACAACGACCACGUCUUGGCAGUGGGGAGCUACGACGAAUCGAUUUCGAUAUGGGACACACGGUCGUUCAAACGCCCGGUCCUGCAGUACGGCACGGGUGGCGGCGUGUGGCGGCUGAAAUGGCAUCCAACGCACGAGUCGCUGCUGCUCGCGGCAUGCAUGCACAAUGGGUUUCAGAUCCUUGACGUGGCGCUGCCACAGGCCAGCACGGAUGGAACAGUCCAGUGUCGAGCGCAGUACACCCGGCAAACAUCGCUAGCGUACGGCGUGGAUUGGUGGUACCACCCACAGACACUCCAGUCGAAGCGCCAAAUUGUCGGUAGCGCGUCCUUCUACGACCAUUCUUUCCACGUGUGGGCCGCGGUGUUGGAAUGACACAACGGACAGAACGCGACUGGAUGGACUAGACAUAGUUCAACGACACUUAAGACUACAUGAAGCAAGAUGCGGAUCGCUGUGAA